UGGCUAUGAAAUAUGUCUUAUUUAAAAAGAGUGAAGGGGAAGGAGAGGAUCACAGGGCUGGGAGCUGCUUUGAGGCUAUGGAGGUGCUGGCUGGCCAGACACAAAUCCGGCACUCAGCCCUUUGUAAAAUGGCUUCAGAUGACCUUCAGGUUCAGCAGUAUCUCACGUUACUGCUUUCUUGUCCCAUACAAAUAAUAAAAAAAAUCUCAGAGAGGAACCAAACCAGGGCUUUCUGCGCUGUUUCCGUAGGGGGUGAGUUGAGCCUCUGCUUCUGGGGAGGACACGGAAAGAUGCAGGUGGGGUUCUGUGUUGAAGCCUGGCAACCUUGUGAGUAUGGAAAAUGCGCAAUACUUCCUUUUUCAGGAAAAGAAGAAGCAAAUUUUGGACUUAAAAUGACGUUUAGACUAUACUCUCCCUUUGGCCCAUUUGUUUUUUCAGUGUUCCCCUCUUCUCUCCCUGCUCUUCUGUCUGAUAAAAAAAAUGAACUAGAGGCUUGAAAGCGAGGCCAUACCUUGAAAUUUGUUCAAAAGCACCCAAGAAGCAGGAGUAUUCUCUGCAUUGUAAAGUUACCCAGGGUUUAGCCUGAGGGAGCCCCUAUGAACCCAAGCAGGGGGCUGCUGCCUUGAAAAACCCUUCUGUCGCCCAGUACCAAGGCUCCCCCAUCAGAGACUUGCAUAAAGAAGACUCAAUUUGCUUUAAUUAAAGCAAAUGUGUUUGGGUGGGAGCUGAGGAGAAAUCUUGCUGCAAGACUUAGGGGACAGCACAGCAGGAUGAGAGCAUCACCCGCUCCGUAAUCACAUUUGGGGAGCAGAAAUGGAGAGUGGAACCCCUCUAACUAAUGGUUGGCCUGAACAUGGAAAGCAAGCAAAUGACCAGAGUCUUGACUGCAAAAAAACCUUUUUCCAGCAUUUCUCUGAUCUGACAAAGCAUUGGCUGUGACGUCUUUGAAAGCUCAAAUGUGACUCAGAGGGAUUUUCUUGACACAGCCCCAAAAUCCUACAGACCUGCACUCGGCUCUUUUCUGCAUCUCCUGCACUCUCAUCCUUCUGGGAAGUCAAAAGUAGGUUUGGGGGUGUGCAAUUUGGGGGAUGGUGACACUUGGCAGUUCUCCACACUUGGAAAGAAAGAAGAGGAGAUGAGUGCUGAGAUUCAUAAGCAUCACCACCUGUGACGAAUGCACCACUAAGAAACCCAAUUAGCAGCUAACGGGGAUAUGCCAGCAUGGCAGAAGCCCAUCUCAAGAGCUUAGUUCCCUGCCAGCAACAGGUGCAAGAGAGAGGGAAUGAGCAAGCCCGAAUCCAAGCUGGCAGCAACAUCACAGCACUGAUUUCUCACCAAGAAGGGGCCGGGAUGUUGCGUAGGAGAUUUCUGCAGGGAUGCGCACCAGCCCAGCAGCCUACUUAACAGUCAGCAUUGAGCCGCUGCCGCCCGUGGUGGUGGGCGAUGCUGUGACGCUGAAAUGCAACUUCAAGACGGAUGGGAAGAUGCGGGAGAUCGUCUGGUACCGGGUCACUGAUGGCGGCACAAUCAAGCAGAAGAUCUUCACUUUCGAUGCCAUGUUCUCCACCAAUUUCUCACACAUGGAGAACUACAGGAAGAGGGAGGACCUGGUCUACCAGUCCACGGUGCGCCUCCCUGAGGUUCGCAUUUCGGACAAUGGCCCCUAUGAGUGUCACGUCGGGAUUUAUGACCGAGCCACACGGGAGAAGGUGGUCCUGGCAUCUGGUAAUAUAUUCCUCAAUGUGAUGGCUCCGCCAACAUCUAUCUCAGUGAUCGCCGCUGACACACCAGCGCCCUUCAGCCGCUACCAGGCACAGAACUUUACCUUGGUGUGUGUAGUGUCCGGUGGCAAGCCCGCCCCGCUGGUGUACUUUAAGCGUGAUGGGGAGCCCAUCGAGGCCACCCCGCUGCCGGAGCCACCGGCUGCCACAGGGAACUGGGCACCUCGCAACCUCCUACACCGUGACCUGGACGACACCAAGGUGCCCAAAUCGCUCUCUGAGGGAGAAAUGGGGGGCAGGCCCCCCAACACCGCAGAGCCCCCACGGGGGCUGGUGGCUGAACGAGGUCCCACCACUGAAGCCAUCCCUGAAACCGUGGUGAGCCGGGAGUUCCCACGCUGGGUGCAUGUGGCAGAGCCCAUUUACUAUUUCCGCCACACACACGUGCCCAUUAGUGAUGGCACGGUGGAGGCGCGGGCCACCCUCACCUGGACCCUCAACCCCCAAAUUGACAACGAGGCACUCUUCAGCUGUGAGGUGAAGCAUCCAGCGCUCUCCAUGCCCAUGCAGUCAGAGGUGACGCUCGUUGCUCCCAAGGGCCCUAAAAUCACUAUGACCCCAAUGAGAGCACGUGUUGGAGACACUGUUCGGAUCUUGGUGCAGGGCUUUCAGAAUGAAGUCUUCCCUGAGCCCCUCUUCACGUGGACCCGUGUGGGAAGCCGGCUCCUGGAUGGCAGUGCUGAGCAUGCCGGGAAGGAGCUGGUGCUGGAGCGAGUGCCAGCUGAGCUCAAUGGCUCCAUGUACCGCUGCACUGCGCAGAACCCGCUGGGUUCCACUGACACCCACACUCGCCUCAUUGUCUUUGAAAAUCCAAAUAUUUCCCGAGGAACAGAGGACUCCAAUGGUUCAGUUACCAGCCACCGCAGCUUCAGACUAGUUUUGGCACUCACCCUAACAGUGAUCCUGGAGCUAACGUGAAGCUUCGCUCGCCUCUUCCUCCGUACAAUUCCACCCGUCAUUUACACCUCUGCUAACCGGUUCUCUCUUUUUUUCUUUUUUUUUUUCUAUGCUGUUUACAGUCUCAGUCUCUUUCUGUCUGUGUCUUGGCUUCCUCAGACAAUUUAAUUAAAAGAAAAAAAGUCUGCCUCUGUA